AUGCCCCUACUGCUAUCUAUUUCUGAAAACAAAAUUAAACAGUAUGAAGAAUAUAUAGAAAUAUACAAUUGUUUGAAUAGUUUACAACCAAAUCUUUGUAUUGUUCUAUCUAGGCAAGUGAAAUCAAGUUAUAAGAAAUUACUCUAUAGCCCUCUAACUUUCACAAAAAGAUCGCUCUAUUCGAUUCUUUUACUAUUGAACAGCUUUAAACCUUGUACUGAUCAAGAUUUUAAUCAACAAUCUAAUUCAAAUAAUGUAUUUGUCAAAGUUUUGAGGAAACUUUUUGAUAAAAUAGGAAAACUACAAGAUUUAUCCAACAAUCUUUUGCAGAAACACGAAUCUUUACAAAGCACCAAAGUUAUUGAAGACCAAGUGUAUUUGAAACAAUAUAUAGAGAAUGUCCAUGAACUUAGAAUUAGACUACAUACUUUAUGUCGUCGAUGGAUAAUCCAGUCAAUAUUGCGUUUAGAUUAUCUUUAUAUUUGUUUGCUAAAUUCUAUCAAAGUAGACUCGCUAGCUAUUGUAAAUCAAGCAGCAAAUAUAUUGAAAAGUUAUGAGAUCCAUCAGAUGCUAAAUAUUGUAAAAAGCCUAAUUUAUGAGGAAAAGAGUGCUGGACUAAUGGUUCAGGAUAAUUUACUAAACGAUGCAGUUACAUCUCUUAGACUCCAAACUGUAUUAAGGAAGAUUAUUACAGAACAUCCUCUUUCUAUUCUAAAUCCCAAACUAAUGACUGAAUUUGCAACUUUGAUCUGUAGUGGUAAACUAACUCCAGACAUUGAGUCUAUUAUAUGUUUGGAUAAUUCGAACUCAGUGGCAUCUUCUAAGCAAGUUAAUUACACAUCAAAACCUUGGAUAUCUGAGAUGAUAGCAGAUUCUACUAUGGAAACUCAUAUUAGUAGCGACAGUGAUGAAUAUUACUCAGAUACAGAGGAGGAAUAUCGGAAGUCUAUACUUCUAGAGAGUAAUGCAAGUAAAUUGCAGAGUAAUAAUAAGCUAGACAGCUUAACUAACAAUAGUGCAAUAUAUUUACAAGAUAAGAAUGACACUCUAAACAACCCCAGGUCACACCAGAAAUCCUCCAUGAAAUCUGAUAAUAUGAGGAUUAGAAGAAAUCAGAAAUCAGCUAUUUUAAGGUCUAUUAGGAAGACUAAAAGCUCUAGUGUAUUUCCGGACUUUAAAGAUGGGAGUCUUAACAAAUCUUCCGUGAGAUUAGAUCUAACUCGGAAGCUACUCAAGACUUUAGCUUCCGAUAAUAUAAAAUAG